AGAUUUAAUAUUAAUAUCUUGUUUAACAAUUCUGCCAUUAUGUUUCUCCAAAAGCAUCAAUUUUUUAAAAUAUCCAAGUACUAUUGGAGUUAUAGGUAUGGUAUACAUACCUUUUAUUAUGUUGACUAAAUACUAUCUGCAUCAAAAUAACCAUGAACCUUAUAGUUAUACCCAUAAAAUAUAUACACAGUCUGAUAACUUUUUCAAUAUUUUUGAUCCAUUUAAUAUUAACCUUUUGAUGAUGGGCAGACCAAAAUAUUUCCCAGUUUAUAAUAUAUUACGCGCUAUACCUACCAUAUGCUUUUUGUAUAAUUCUCACUUAAGCAUUGUCCCCACCUAUUAUUGUAUGGAUCAAACAGAUAGUUCCUCUGUCAAGAAAUUUUCCAAGAGCAUAUUUCUCAAUAUUAUAGUUUGCUUCAUUCUAUACAACUUAACAGGCAUAUAUGGAUACAUAUCUUUUGGAAAGGAGGUUAUGACUUAUACAGACAUUUUGACAGCUUAUGACCCCAAAGAUUACAAGAUAUUUAUAGCUAUGAUAUUACUAGCAGGAAAACUUGUAACCACUUAUCCCAUAGUGCUUUUUUGUGCCCGUAUAUCCAUUCUUAAUACUUUACCCACCCUUUCUCCCUCCUUAUUAUCUCGUUUUAGCUUUCUUAGCGCUGAAAAAACAAGAGAAAUGGUUGGGAGGAUUUUUGUCACUCUUUUAUGGUUCGGUCUGGUACUAUCUAUAGCAACAUACGUCCCAGAUGUCAGCAAAGUUAUACCCUUUCUGGGAUCUUUCUGUUUGCUUCUCAUAUUCGUAUUUCCAGCCCUGGCACUUCUUCAAUACUUAUUAUCCACAAAUGAACUGCAAGACGAAGAAAUCGACGAUAGCUAUCAAUCAUUCACUAACGGUUCAAAUUUUGGUGAAACAUCCUCCCAAAAUAAUGAGAUGAUAAUAUUUGGCAAGGUGGUUAGUUGGAUUUCAGCUAAAAAAGUCGCCUACAGCUGUUCCGUUCUUCUGAUCAUCUUAGGAAUGCUUCUGUUUGGAAUGGUUUUCACUCAAUCCGUUAUGGAUACAAUUUAUUAAUUCUAUAAUUUUUCUUGAAUUUGUUAAAAUUACUAUUACAAUUAGAGACUAAUGUAAAUCCUUUAAGAAUCUUUUAUAUUUUUUAACAUUUAAUAUUUUAUCGGCAUUUAAAUAUUGUUAUUUUGAAGGGGGAAAAAGAUAGUCAAAACGAAACCAAAAUCUUAAUUAAAAAAACUAUUUAUUGUUCGACUUUUUUUUUGAAAUAGUCACUUUGGCCCAGUAAUAAUUAUAUAUAAUUGUUUUUAAACAACAUAAAUCACUUACAUCAUAACCAACAAUAGUCAUUAUAUUUUGCUCAUGUUUUAAAAAAAUAUAUUAAAAAGAAUUCGUACAUUAAUAAUAUACUAACAUUCUAAUUUUUUUAACAUGUAUUUUUAAUACUGUAUAAUAUAUAUAUAUAUUUUUAAUAUUAAUAAUAACUUGAUGAACAAAGUAUACUAAAAAGUAAAAUUUUUAAAGUGCAUGAUAUUUUAUUAUAAUUUUUCAUUCUAAAUUUGCAACA